AUGGGGUCUACAUCCGUCCACGAGGAGCACCAGUACCUCAACCUGGUCCGCGAGAUCUUGGACCAGGGUGAGCGAAGACCCGAUCGCACAGGCACCGGCACCCUGUCGAUUUUCGCACCCCAGAGCUUCAAGUUCCAGCUCAACGACAACGGCCGGCCAAUCCUCCCUCUGCUAACAACAAAGCGGGUCUUCCUCCGUGCCGUCAUCGCCGAGCUCCUCUGGUUCAUCGAGGGCAACACGUCGUCCCUCGCCCUCAAUGAUGUCGGCGUCAAGAUCUGGGACGGCAACGGGUCCCGCGAGUUCCUCGACAGCGUCAGCCUGACCCACCGCGAGGUUGGCGACCUGGGCCCCGUCUACGGCUUCCAGUGGCGACACUUUGGCGCCGAGUACGUAGAUGCAAAGACAGACUACGCCGGCAAGGGCGUCGACCAGCUUGCCGAGAUCAUCCACAAGCUUCGCAACAACCCUUACGACCGGAGAAUGAUCCUCAGCGCUUGGAACCCGCGGGACUUCAAGAGCAUGGCCCUGCCACCUUGUCACAUGUUUGCCCAGUUCUACGUCUCGUACCCAGGACGCGGACGGGGAAUCGGAGCCGCAGAGCCCACGGAAGAAAGCAAACCAAAGGGCCACCUCCACUGUCAAUUAUAUCAGCGGUCUUGCGACAUGGGCCUCGGCAUCCCCUUCAACAUUGCCAGCUAUGCGCUGCUCACGCACAUGCUCGCUCACGUCUGCGAUCUAGUACCAGGAAGCCUAACACACGUCAUGGGAGACGCACACGUCUACAUUGAUCACAUCGAUGCUCUCCAGACACAGCUAGAGCGCGAGCCUCGGCCAUUCCCCGAGCUGGAGAUUACGCGGGAAAAGGGCGGCAGCAUCGAUGGCUGGAAGGCCGAGGACUUCGUGGUCAAGGGAUACGACCCCCACAAAUCAAUCCCCAUGAACAUGUCCGUCUAA